UUAUCGUUGCCAAAUAAAUUCACUUCUGAAUAAGAAUAUGUCUGCGCCCAUGAGACGAGUUGUGUAAAAACAAGUUUACAGCAUAAAAGAUAGAUUGUCAACAUCAAAUCAUAUUGACUUGAGGAACCAUGAAGUGCAUGAUACGACAAUAUGGGACAAAUUCUGCUACAAAAAGGCGUGUUGUGGUAACUGGUCUAGGUAUGGUAACCUGUCUUGGAGUAGGAACCAAACAUGUCUGGAAUAGACUUUUAAAAGGUGAAUGUGGUAUACAGAAAUUAACUGAACCAGAAUAUGACCAAAUUCCUUGCAAAGUUGCUGGGCUUGUUCCAAGAGGAAAUAAUCCAGGGGAGCUAAAUCUAGAUGAUCAUAUAUCACAAGCUGACCAAAGAGUGAUGUCCCUUGCCAGUGCUUAUGCGAUUGUGGCUGCUGAUGAGGCAAUUAAAGAUGCUGACUGGAAACCUAAAUCAGCUGAAGAAAAACAAAGAACAGGUGUGGCUAUAGGUAUGGGUAUGGUUGGGAUGCAGCAUAUAGCUAAUAUUGGACAGAUAUUUAGGGAGCAAGGUUAUCGGAGAGUCAGUCCACAUUUCAUACCAAUGGUGCUGGUUAACAUGGCGGCAGGACACGUCAGUCUCAAAUAUGGUUUACAGGGACCAAACCAUGCAGUGUCUACGGCAUGCACUACAGGAUUACAUGCGAUUGGUGAUGCAGCACGUUUCAUACAGUACGGAGAUGCUGACGUGAUGGUUGCCGGGGGAACCGAGGCGAGUGUAGAUCCUCUCAGUAUUGCGGGCUUUGCUCGUAUGAGAGCUUUAAGUACAAAAUUCAACGACACCCCUGAAAUUUCCUCAAGACCUUUCGAUAAAGACAGAGAUGGUUUUGUUAUGUCCGAAGGAGCAGGAGUUAUGGUACUUGAAGAGCUUUCACAUGCAGAAAAUAGGGGUGCUAACAUUUAUGCAGAGGUACUUGGUUAUGGUCUGUCAGCAGAUGCACAUCAUAUUACUGCACCGUCUGAGGACGGUACUGGAGCAUAUAAUUGUAUGAAAAACGCUUUAAGGCAUGCAGAUGUGAAAACAGAUUGUGUGGGGUAUAUAAACGCUCAUGCAACAUCAACCCCACUAGGUGACAAAGCUGAAAGUAGUGCAAUAUAUCAAUUAUUCGGAGAAAAUUGUGAAAAUUUACUUGUUUCUUCAACAAAAGGUGCUACUGGGCAUCUUCUCGGAGCAGCAGGCAGUUUGGAAGCUAUGUUUACUGUUUUAGCUUGUCAUUCAGGCAAAGUCCCGCCUACUGUAAAUCUUGACCAAUCAGACACUGGUUAUGAUUUAAACUAUGUUUGUAAGACUUUCUCUGAUUGGACUAACCAAAGAAGGGUAGGACUGAGCAAUUCAUUUGGAUUUGGUGGUACUAAUGGAAGUUUAUGUUUUAGCAAUUUUGAUAAAAUUUCAAGAUGAUAUAAUAUUAAAAUUUUUAACUUAUCAAGUAAAUUUCAUUGAUAUUAUUGUGUUCUUAAGACUUACAAUUUUUUUUUUAAGCUGCACACCUCAAGAUGAGCAAAAAUAUUUCGAUAAAAUCAAACCUGAGAAAAAUGUACUAAGAUUUUAAGAAAAGUAUAAAGAUUGAAAAUUCAGGUAAUAAUUUACAUGUGCGAGUAAUGACUGCCUUUUUAGUAUUUACAUGUAUAACUAUAUUUCUACUGCGUUACUAAUACAGUAAGGGCUAUUUUUGCAUAUUUUGCCUCUUUAUGGUUAUUUAUAUGGGUUGUAAGUGCCAUUGCUAAUGUGUAAUUUGCAUUCUUUUGGUAACUUCACAGUUUUAUACUGUUAAAUACAUUUUAAAAUUUUCAUGAAAAUAAGCAUGAAUCUGGAGGCGUGCUGCUUUAAUUUUAGCAUUGAAAUAUUGCAUUGAUCACUUAUUUAUAUCAGUCCAUAUAUAAAGAUAAAGUGUUGAGAACUCUUUGAUAAAAAGUUGAAGUUAAGGUGCUUAAGGUCAUUGACUUCAAACCACUUGCCCCUCACCGCUGCGGGUUCAAAUCCUGAUAGGGACUUUAGAUUCUUUAUGUGAGGAAGCUAUCUAGCUAGCUUACAGAACGUCAGUGGUUCCAUUAGGGUGCCUGUUCAUGCCUGAUAUAAUGCACAAAGGGCAACUGAGGUCUUCCUCCGCCAGUAAAGCUGGAACGUUUUCAUAUGAGCUGUCCUAUACUCUGUUGAUGUGGUGUAAAACCCAUCAAAAACACAAAAGUCACAACAGUUUUGUUAUUAAUUCUUUACACUUACGGUCUUACCUUAUUUCUAUUUAUCAUUUUCUGCUAAUUAAACAGGUGUAAAUUUUUACUUGAUAAUUUAAAUGAACAAAAUUCACUAAACAUUAUUUCAUCUUUUAUUAAUUCAUAAAUUAUAAAAAAGACUUGAUUUAUAUUGCUGCUAAUGGGAGACAAAUUUGUUUCAAUCAUUGAUUUGUAAGUUUUCAAGAUACAUUGUAAAUUGUCAGUUCACCUGAAUGUUUUAUCACUUCUGAUGAUUUUGAUCUUUUGUUAAACAUAAAUAGACAUUUGUUGUUUCUCCUUAAAAGUUUUCUGUACAGUACAAGCACAAUACAGAGACGGGAGGUAACUGUUACAAUAAAUUUAACCAUGAAAGUUGAAGUUACUUCCCUUAUAGUUUAACAAGCUUAAUACGAAAAGAUAAUCCUGACGAAAAUCACCAUCAGGUGGGCAAUAUUAUAGUAUAAGGUGAUAACAUUCAACUUCACAUAUGUAAAAAAAAUAAACAUUAUUAUUUAACUCACUUGUUAGACACAUAAAACAAGUUAUUUCUAGAGAUCGUGGGUGUUUUCAGAAUGAGAAAAAGACAUUUAGGUACAUACAGUUCUGGUGCACUCUUGUUCAUUAAGUCACAAACACUUAGUUCCUUAUUUUUCCUGAAUUGGUUGCGAGACAUUGCUUUGGUUUAUAUGUUUAACAUGUCUAUAUGUAUAGUGACCUUUCAAAUAGAAGCUUUCUGUUGAAAAGAAAGGUAUGAAUAGGCAGCACCUGUUUAUUUAAAGAUGUAUUUAUUCAGUUUUCUAUAUUUGUUCGAAUACAUCUGUAUAUUUUACUAUUUUUCUUUUGGAAAAAAAAAGAUUAAAAAUAAAUAAUUGUGAGUUUUUGUUUUGUUUUUGUUUUUAAGAAAGCAAAUUCAAGUCAGAAACAGGUUUGAUUUUAUGUUUGUUUGUAGGAUAGCAUAUUUAAGGUGUCCAUCUUUUUCAGAAACAGUUAAAAUAUUACAAUUUAUUCUUGAGCAAAUACAUACAUAACCUAGCGCAUUUGGCUCCAGACAGUUGCCCCCGGACGUUUACCUCCCUUUUUGCGAUGUCGGACAUUUGUCUCUCGUAUGUUUGAAAUGGGCGCACAUUUGUACCUUUUAGCGGCAUGCAUCCAAAUGAGCCAAAAUAUUUCAAGAAAAUCAACAUUCAUAUAAUGUUCGAUUUUAAGAAAAGUAAAAAUGUUCACAAUUUAAGAAAUAAUUUACAUGUUAAAUGAAAUUAAUGACUGAUUUUUCAGUAGUAAUAUAUCUACUAUGUAAAUUACUAUUGCGAGACUAACCCAGUAAGGGUUAUUUUUGCAUAUUUUGACCUAUUUUAAAUUGAUAAUUUUAUACAGGUUAAGUGCCAUUUGCAAUGUGUAAUCACGGUUAAGUGACAAUAUUUUACUUUAAAUACAUUUUUUUAAAGAAUCGGAAAAUAGGCAUUAAUUGGAAGGCAUGCUGCUUUAAUUCAAUCUGAACAAAAACAUUUAAUGUGAAAACCACAGUGUAAUUGUUCCUAAAAAUUUCAAGA